AUCUAGCACAAGUAGAACAAACAGCAUGGAAGAGAAGAAAGAGGAGAAACCAGAAGAGCAACUUACAGAACCUGAAUCAGCUUUCCCAGAAGCCUUACUAGAAUUUCAAAUUGAGACAAAAGAAGCAGCAAUUGAUCGGGUUUUGUUGGAUCUGAAAAAAGUGGAAAAAAAGAACAAAGAAUAUAAUGAAAGAAAUGACCUUCUGAAGGAAGAACAGCAGGCACACAUCAGGCGCAUACUAAGACAAAUAGAAGAAGAGGAGAAAGAACAAGAUGAAAAGGAGGUUGUAACUAGGGAUGAUGUGGAAGAGUCACUGAAAGCAAUAUGGCAGUAUGCUAAGGACAAAGAACAACUGCUGAAAGAUCUGCACUCCCAGAUUGAAGAAACUGACAAAAGACUUUCAGUAAAGCGGGAUGAGAGGGAUUAUUGGUUGGAGUACAAAAAUGUAGGAAGUAAAGCACAGGCCAACAAGAUUAUGAAUCUGGAAAAAAACAUCAAGGAAGUCAAAGAUGACCUUCACAGGGCUACAGAAUAUUAUACAAAUGCUUUGAAAGCAAUGAAAGAAGAAAAUGACAGACUGGUUGAGAAGCACAUGAAGUUAAGUAAGGAACAGGCCCCCGAGAAUGCUGUAAGAUACUUAGACAAAAACUGUCGCAGAGAAAUUGAAGAGAAUGAAUGGCUAAAAGAAGAGGUUAAGAUGUACCAAAAGGAAGUAAGUGAUUUGAAAGCCUCUAUUCAGCUCCUAGAAGAAGAAAAUAUUGGUUUAGUGACAAAACUAAUUGAUGGCAAACUUCAGAAUCUGAGAGUACCCAGGCAUUUGUUUCUUACCCAGGCAGCUGGCUUGCAAGAUGGAUUUCCUAAGGAUGAAAUGAAAGAAGUAGAGUAUAGAGAGUAUGCAGCGAAAGCAGAUGGAGAUGAAAGCCUCAGAAGUGCCACAGUCCCCUGUCAGAAAAACAAGACCUUUGCAAAGAUUCAGUCUAAAACAGAGAAUAAGAAGCCUCAAGACAGUGAUGAGGAGCUGCAGAAAAAGUCUUUCACUCCAACUCUUGAUAGCUUGUUGUAUGAAGAUGAAAAAGAUUUCCAGGAAUACUUAAAACUGGGUCCUCUGGAGACAAAGCUGAUGUGUGUGGUUGGAAGAGCGAUGCCUAUUCAUGAAGAACCAGAAGGAAUGCCAAGCAGGAGCCACAAAGAAGAUGGUGUUAUUGGUAAAUCAGAGGGGCACAUCACGGCUCAGAUGAUCAAGGCCUUAUGUAAAGAAAAGGUUGGUUAA